AAGGCGGGGUCCUUUUGGCGGGACCUGGGCGGAUGAGGUCACUCUUUGUGGCGGCUCCUGUUGGCAAGAUGGCGCCGGUGCUGGCGGAGAAGAAGCUGCUGGGACCGGACGGGCCCGCGCCGGCCGAGUUCCCCAGCGAGGAGGAAGAAGGCCAGAGUCUCUGGUUUUCAAUACUGAGUGAAGUUUCUACUCGGUCGAGGUCUAAACUACCCACUGGCAAAAAUAUACUUGUUUUUGGUGAUGAUGGCUCAGGCAAAACAACACUAAUGACUAAAAUACAAGGAGCAGAACAUGGCAAGAAAGGAAGAGGGCUGGAGUACCUGUACCUGAACGUUCACGACGAGGACCGAGAUGAUCAGACUCGCUGCAAUGUCUGGAUUCUUGAUGGGGACUUGUACCAUAAAGGGCUCUUAAAGUUUGCUGUUUCACCUGAAUCCUUGCAUGAAACUCUGGUAAUCUUUGUGGCGGACAUGUCGAGACCAUGGACUAUUAUGGAAUCUUUACAAAAAUGGGCCAGUGUCUUGCGCGAACAUAUUGAUAAGCUGAAAAUCCCCCCUGAAGAGAUGAGAGAUAUGGAACAGCAGUUUGUGAAGGCGUUUCAGGAGUACAUAGAGCCCGAGGAGGGCUAUCAGGGAUCACCACAGAGAAGAGGCCCAUCGGGCCAAGAUGAUGAAAAUGUUACUCUACCACUCGGGGACAACGUGCUGACCCACAACCUUGGAAUUCCUGUGAUAGUUGUUUGCACAAAGUGUGAUGCAAUGAGCAUACUAGAGAAGGAACACGACUACAGAGAAGAACAGUUUGACUUUAUUCAGUCCCACAUUCGCAGAUUCUGCUUACAAUAUGGCGCCGCCUUGAUUUAUACAUCGGUUAAGGAGGAAAAAAACCUCGACUUGUUGUAUAAGUACGUUGUACAUAAAACAUACAGCUUUCACUUUACCACACCUGCCUUAGUGGUAGAAAAGGAUGCAGUUUUCAUACCUGCUGGCUGGGACAACGAAAAGAAAAUUGCCAUUCUGCAUGAAAACUUUACAACAGUGAAACCUGAAGAUGCAUAUGAAGACUUCAUUGUAAAACCGCCAGUAAGAAAGUUAGUACAAGAUAAAGAGCUUGCAGCAGAAGAUGAACAAGUGUUUCUUAUGAAGCAGCAGUCUUACCUUGCCAAGCAGCCAGCUACACCUACAAGGGCUUCUGAAUCGCCUGCAAGAGGGCCUUCUGGAUCACCGAGACCCCAGGGCAGACCUUGUCCUGCCAGCGUCCCCAGUGCCUCGCCGAUAGCAUCAGUCAAGAAGCCAGAUCCAACUAUUAAAAAUAAUGCUGCCAGUGAAGGAGUGCUGGCCAGCUUCUUCAACAGUCUAUUGAGUAAAAAAACCGGCUCUCCUGGGAGUCCUGGAGCUGGGAGCGUGCAAAGUACAGCCAAAAAAUCAGGGCAAAAAACUGUUUUGACGAACGUUCAAGAAGAACUGGAUAGAAUGACUCGCAAGCCGGACUCGAUGGUAACGGCCAACUCCUCUCCGACAGAGAACGAAGCUUGAUAACGCUUAAACCUGCAUAUGUAAAUGACCAAAUAACUAUGUACAUUGAUCCGAUAAGACCAGAAGCUCUCUGCUGUGGCAGGCGCUAUAAGUUUUCUUGGGGCAGGGAGAAAUGAAAUUUAACCUUCAUUGGCUUGUCCCGGGUAUCAAGUGCACAUUCAGGAAGAUUUGCAUAUAAAUUUUUCCUCUGUUUUAAGAUAACCAUUUUAGAGUUUCAGUAGGGCAAUUCUCUUGAUUUUUGGGGUGUGGCGAGCAAGGGGCAGCCGUGGUUCUUAUAGGAAGAGCACACAGACACGAGAUGCGGAAUCUGGUUGCAACGGCACGAAGGAAGAAACAAGUCCCCUUUCCCAAAAUUUGCUGGAGUUGGCCAUUGGCAACGUACUUGGAGAGAAUAUGGUGUAGAGGAAUGUUGGUUAGGUGAAGAGUAUCUAAAAUGCUGUGUUACAGGAAAAAAAAGGAGCAAUGUGAGAUCUGGCUCGAUAGAUACAAAAAGCAAGUUGGACAGACCAGCGGGAACGAAACCAGUGUUAAAAAAAAAUCCUGUGUUUGAAUACAUAGAUCAGAUAAUCACUGUUUUUUAAACAAAACAAAAAGCCUUCGUGGAGAGUGCUUGAGGCUUAGCAUCAUGGGAAUUGUUUUCUUGAUAUAUAAAAUUGCAAUUUUUUUUUUUCCAUUUUAACAAGGAGAUGCAUUAAAAAAAAACAACCGGUGGGUGCCCUUUUUGUCUUAGCUGACACAGGGAAUCUUGCUUAGACCAAGUGCCUGGCACAGUGUGAGAUUGUGUCCUUAGGAGGUGCUUGAAUCUUUUGUGCACUGUAGUACAAACAGCUUCCGUUGGGCUUUAUUUUAAAACUCAGUAAUUUUAGACAGUUGUCUUUAAUUUUAAAACCCUCUUUUUUCCCCCUCCGAUAGCUGUUGCCUUGUGUAUCUGUGUAUUUUGUUCUCUAAAUACCAACUACCUGAUCUGUUAAGAGUAAUGGGUGACAUAUCAGUUCCCCAUAAUGCAAUGCGUUGCAGAAGAAUUGGUUCUUUUUUCAUCGUUAAAACUGCGGAACUGAACAACCCCCCCCCCCCCCCAAUCCUGCCUUAAGGUUUGUAAAACCUGUGGGGGGUUUUGGUAGGCUUCCAAGUAUCUCCUUCCAGUAAACAAUAGAAGUGUGUAGGUUUCCAUCGAUAAAACACAGAGCUUAAUGGCUUGAUGACAUCUAUGCCUUUACCCUUCAAUGUAGCCUUUUCAGUCUAGAAGGAAGACUCAUGAUUAUUCCUCAUUGCUUUUUGGAUUGGUGCCCACCACCACAGUGGUUCUAUGGAAGAUUCCCACGGUUACUGAAACGGCACUGAGUUUCUGUAUGGACUAAUUGACAGAGAAACACUACCUUAUAUUAUAUGGUCAAAUGUGUUUGUACUCAACAUACUGAAGGGAAAAAAGAAAAAAACCCACUGUAUGAAUUAUGCAGAGUUUACUUUUUAUUGAUAAUGGAUUUGUGUGUAAUGCAAGAUCUUAUUUCUGGAUAGAACAUCCCUAAUAUUUAUAUAAAUAUAUAUAUAUAUAUUGUUAAACAUUGCCGAACGGAUUGACCACUAACAGUACUGGAUGUAACUGCAAACCCUGUGUUCCUGAAAAGAGGUCACAUCUCCUUGUGUUUUUCAGUCUGUCUAACACUAUCUAGAAAGCUAAGAGUAUUUACUUGCAUUAACGUAAAAGCAUGUUUACAUGUGCCAGUUAUUUUAUUAUUUUUUACAUUUUUUUAUAAAUUUUCAGAAUCUCACACCCACAGUUGCCUAGAUUUUUGAAUGGAGAAGUUGUGGUCAGAGGAUCUGGUUUAAGGGUUCUGCCACCUCUUGGGAUAUGGCAUGUGAAGCAUUGGAUGCAAGAAACCUCCUUGCCUGAUGAAAUUGACAUGGUGCUGCUGUUGCAGCUGCAGCGAGUCUGCCAUUGGGGCCCUUUCUCUACCAUGUGGAAGUAUGUAGCAAGGUGUCUCAGGCAGAGAUGGUUAAAUUCAUGUGAGAUUUAAGGGCAGGUCAUGGCCAUUCUGUUGCUACUUGGAGGGGCCAUGACAUGAUGCUGGAGCAGAAGGUUCAACCUCUGGCAUCUGCAGUCGAAAGGCUCUCAUGUAGCCAGUAUUGGGGAGGGCCUUUCUCUCUCUGAGACCCUGGAGAGCCACUGCCGUUCAGAGUAGACCACAGUGGCCUAGACAGACCAGCGGUUUAACUUGUCAUAAGGCAGCUUCGUACAUAUGUACCAUAUAUGUAUACUACCUUGCAAUGACUGCCCUAAUGCACAUGGAGACUGAGGGCUGACUUUGGUUCUGUGGGAGGUACCUUUCAGUUUGGGAAAUGAAAUCUCCGCAGUGAAAAAGAGCAGGUUGGCUUAAGCGUUUCCUGAUGGGAUACAGUUGGGAUGCAAAGCCUCACUCCACGUUUUCUUUUAUUGUUAUUUUUAUUCAAACAGAUACGCACUUUGUGUACCAGUGGCUCCUGAAGUUUUUUUUAUUAUUAUUAUUUUUAUACGGUGAACGUUAGAUCUCCUGUAAAUGAGCAAAAGCCAACAACUAUAACCACUUGCCGGUGGUUCAAGAGAGUGCUUGGAUCCAACUGGAAGUUUAACUUCUUUUUAAAAAAUCCUGUUUCCUCAUUGCAAGUGAAUGCUCCUAGUUUUUCAAAGGAAGGAAACUAUAAGUAAUGUUGGGUAUGUGUCAGUUGCCAGAGUCUAGCAACUUUGGAAAGCUGCACAGUUAUUUUUUUUUCCCCCCCUGGCGUUCUCAAGCAUUGGAACCAAAGGCCUAAACUGCGAAACAGCCUUUAUGUUUUUAAAAACAAUGCAAUUAACUUUGUUUUCAGGAUUACACUUGUCUGGUAGACUGUUAAAAAAAAUUAUUACAUGACUAUAUUUAUAUUUACAGUAUAGUGACUGCAUCUACUGUUCAUGUUUAAACUAAAGAAAUAAUCGAUUCAACUUGAAGGCAAAUAUAAAGAAUUAAGGAUUGGCCCUCCGUCAAAAUGCUAUGGUUUAUGCUGCUUGUUUUUCUUUUUUUUUUAAGUUUGCACUUUUUUAUUGGCAUUUUAAAAAUUUGUUUAAACUGAACAGAACUUGUAUUUUAUUUAAUUUAAUGACAUUGAAAGUGACUGAACUUAACCAUAUCUAUGCUGUAAAUGAAAGACGUUCACUCCUCCUCUCUUACUAAGUUUAUUGAUGUUUUUAACUUCCUACGAGGACUGCAGAUGUAUUCACCACAGCCCUUAGUCCAGUUGUAUGGCUUUAACCAGGUGCAGUCAAUGUGGAAUCCUGCUUUCUAGUGCUGGCAAAAAAAAAAAAUGAGGACAUGUCUUUAAUUACUGGCUUCAAUAAACACAAACCAAGACUG